AUGAUCAUUUGUAACCAGCUGCUUGAGAUCUUCCUUGGCCCAGGAAAGCAGUUGGACUAUAACAGCUCUUGGCUGGAAGAAUGGAUGAGCUUGGACAAUCUUCCUGCAGAAAUCAUCCUGGAUGAAAUUCCUACAGUGGUUGGGAUCUUUAGUGCAUUUGGCCUUGUCUUCUCUGUCUCCCUUUUUGCUUGGAUCUGCUGCCAGCGUAAAUCUUCUAAAUCCAAUAAGACCCCUCCAUAUAAGUUUGUCCAUGUUCUGAAGGGGGUUGACAUUUACCCUGAAAAUCUCAACAGUAAGAAGAAGUUUGGAGCAGAUGAUAAAAGCGAAACAAAGAACAAAUCAGUGACGCCAAAGAAUUCUCUCCAUCUUGACCUGGAGAAGAGAGAUCUAAAUGGCAACUUCCCCAAGACAGCCCCAAAAACCCAGAGCUCUCCAGAUCUUGAAAAUUUGUCUCCAAAACACUUUGCAGAAAGAAAUAAAGAUUCUGUGUCCCCUGACAGCUUAAAAUCAACCACAUCCCUGUCUUCUGAAGAAAAACAAGACAAAYUAGGAACUCUCUUUUUCUCCUUAGAGUACAACUUUGAGAAAAAAGCAUUUGUAGUGAAUAUCAAAGAAGCACGUGGGCUGCCAGCAAUGGAUGAACAGUCAAUGACUUCUGAUCCUUACAUCAAAAUGACAAUCCUGCCUGAGAAGAAGCACAAGGUGAAAACCAGAGUGCUGAGAAAAACCUUAGACCCAGCUUUUGAUGAGACCUUCACAUUUUAUGGGAUCCCCUAUAGCCAACUCCAAGACUUAACACUUCACUUCACGAUCUUGAGCUUUGACAGGUUUUCCAGAGAUGAUGUCAUUGGAGAAGUUCUCAUCCCCCUCGCAGGAAUUGAAUUGUCGGGAGGAAGGAUGCUAAUGGACAGAGAGAUCAUCAAAAGAAAUGUUAGGAAAUCAUCUGGGCGUGGAGAAUUACUGAUCUCUCUCUGUUAUCAGUCUACAACAAACACACUAACUGUGGUUGUUUUAAAAGCCAGACAUCUACCUAAAUCUGAUGUGUCAGGAUUAUCAGAUCCUUAUGUCAAAGUGAACCUGUACCAUGCUAAGAAAAGAAUCUCUAAAAAGAAAACCCAUGUGAAGAAAUGCACCCCGAAUGCUGUGUUCAAUGAAUUAUUUGUCUUUGACAUUCCUUGUGAGGGUCUUGAUGAUAUCAGCAUUGAAUUUUUGGUGUUAGAUUCAGAUAGGGGGUCAAGGAAUGAGGUCAUUGGCCGAUUAACCUUGGGAUCUUCAGCAGAAGGAACAGCAGGAGAGCACUGGAAAGAGAUUUGUGAAUAUCCUAGGAGACAAAUUGCCAAAUGGCAUAUGUUGUGUGACGGUUAGCAGCUUAGAGAAAGGUUGGAACUUAAAAACCUAUAUAUAUUUCCAUUAGCAAGGAGCAAUUUCCUUUCUUUGCUGUGUGUAAUUACAGGCUUGUAACUACAAGAGUUUUUUUUAGGGGGUAAGGACUGGAUUGAAUUAUCAGAAUAGAAGGUAGCUGAAUUUUCACAUUAAAUCAAUGAAUUUCUUUUUCAUUAGUCCUUAACAUAAUUUGACAAGAGAUUCUUACUCUUCUGGAGUUUACAUAGCCCUUAACUUCAAUAAGAAGAGCCUAUCUGUUAUGAAUAAGUCACUGGAAAUCUUACUAGUAUUCUUACACAGAAGAAUAUUAAUAUAUUCUUAAUUAUCAUUAAUAGAUAUUACUGGAUCUAAGAGAAAAGGUGGUUUACUGGAGGAAGGCACUGACCCUAUAAAAACCACUAAGAAUGACAAUAAGAAGAGAAUUCCUUCAGAAUUCCUCCAUCAGAAACCUUCUCUUAUGAAAAUUCAAUCAUUAUUUGUAAGUUUUGGUUUCUUAUAUUUAGAUCAUCCCAAAGACUGAAAAGUUUUUCAGUGAUUUGCUUUACAUAUCACAUCCUGUGCAACUAACUGUUCUAUGUGUGGGAUUACUGUAUAAUUACUUACACUUGGAUUUUUUAAUAUGUAUAUAUUUAACAUGGAGUUUUAUUACAACAACUAAAGUAGAUACAUGAUAAAAAUCAGCGAGCAAAUUAACAUUGUUGUUUGUCAAAGGGCUCCUUCAUAGGUUACCACACAUGACACAGGUUGGGGAGAAUUUGAGAUUUAAGUAUGGUUUGAGUUCUUUCCUCUGAGAAGGUUGACACUUUAGUAUUUCUAGUCAAGAUAAAAUAUUUAUAUUAAAAUGAAGCAACAUACAUAACACUACAGUCAGUGUUUUUUCACCAGUUAUAUUUCAAGCAGUUUAGCAGUAUUGAAAGUUGUUCCUCUUUUUCUUACUCUGUUUAACAUCCUGAACUGUGAAUCAUCUCACUACAGUCAAUAACACUACUUCCAACAUAYGAAGUUGAAUGCAUUCCUAAACUUCUGCAAGAUAGGAACCCAAACUCACAUUAUAAUUCAUGCAACAUUAUGUUAGGCGAACUACUUGAAAAAAAAUACAUUUCACUUAGAUCAUUUGAGUUAAUGUCUGUUACUGAUUGUACUGAAAAUUGGUGGUGAUAGGAGAAAAUAACAUCAUGAUUUCAUGUUAGUGCGACAUAUGAACAUAUUAACUUUCUUAAACUGUGCCAGGUCGGGGGAGUAUGAAGUGUAACAUAGAGAAKUACAGAAAUAAAAUAUUUAGGCCUGUGAAAUUUACUCCUUGUUACACCAGAUACAUUUUUAGGCUGUCAGAACCAUAGCAGAACUGAAAGCAAAUUAGUUCCUAAAGUUUGUACACUGAUUUCUGAUAUAGUACUGUUUGCAAAUAUUAAUCCUCUGUUCUUUUCAAUUAGAAUUUAUAUGAAGAAAAUGUUAGCUGUGGAAAUAACAAAGAUUUAAAAAGUGUAAAAGCAGUUUUCAGUAUUUUUGCAUAUGUGUUUUUUGCACGUAUACCACUGAAUACCAUUCAAGUGAAUGAGACUAUCCAGGAAUGAAGAGACUGCUCUGUGUGAAUGAAGGUAACAGAACA